AUGGAUCAUUUGAAAGUAUGGGAAAAAGAUGUUGAAGAUGGUGGAGCUAAAUUUGAUAAAUAUCAUGUGAUUGAUUCUUGGACGUAUGACCGCUUCGUCGAGGCAAGACAAAAUUAUCAACAAGUGACUACACGAAAUUUGCAGCAAUGGGCUUUAGCUGCAGCCAGCCAGUUUCCUAAUCUUCAAUUUACAGCGUCCGACCCAUGGGUAAAAAAAUUUAAACAAAGACACAACAUUCGUCAACGCAAAAUUACAAAAUUUGUAACAGACAAAGAAGUUCACACCAUGCCAGAAAUUAUCGCCUCUGCAGAAAUGUUUCGCAUUCAAACAAAACAAUUGAUAUCUAACUUCGAUAGUGACUUGGUUAUUAAUACAGAUCAAACAGGAUGUCAAUACCAAUCAAUGUUUAAUAGGACACUGACGGAAAAAGGAAGCAAAACAGUGUUUGCAAAAGUACAAGACAUGACCAAGGUGUCACACUCAUAUACUGCACAAUAUAGCAUAACAUUAUCUGGAAAAUUACUACCACAUGUUUUUAUUUGUUUGCAAGAGCCUACAGGUGAUUUUGGGCCAAGAAUAAAGAAAAACGUAGAAGAAUAUUUAAAAAAAUACAAAAAUGUUAUUGUCACAUCAUCAAAAUCAGGAAAACUGACAACUACUCUCUAUAAAAAUUUUCUAGAGAAAUGUUUAAUGCCAUAUGUUCAAAAAAAUAAAUUUCUUUUAAUUAUUGACUCGUGGACAGGACAAGUGAAGCCAGAAUUAUAUGAUGAAACAUUUCAGGAUGAUAAAAAAAUGCCUACAUGCACAUUUAAAGUUAUACCUCCAAAAUGUACUCCGUUAGUUCAACCAUGUGAUGUCUAUUUCUAUAGACAAGUGAAAAAUUUUAUCAAACGAUUGCAAAGUACCGCUGAACUUCUAGACAAGAAUUAUGAAAUUCAUUCCCGAGAGGAUUGCAUAAAAAUUCAUUCGAUUAUUCAUCACCAAUUGUCAGCGCCAAUAUUUCGAGACAUGAUGGAAUAUGCCUGGUUCGCCAGCGGGCUUUGUGACACAAGAAAUUUUUUUACUAAUGUCAAUGAUGGGUGUUUCUCAUUAGACCGUUUAAAAAUACCGUGUCAUUGUAAAAAAGCAGCAUUUAUUUGUUGUUCUUGGUGUAGAAAAACUUUUUGUUUUGAAUGUUUUUAUCAUAAGUAUCACUCAGGAUCAUGUAAUAAUAUCUCAUAAUACGUAAUUAUAAAAUAUUGCUUUAAUUAAUUAAAAAAAUGUAUAAUUUUCCAUUUAAUUUUCGACUUAUUAUUUGU